AUGAAUUCUCCACUAUUUACUUCUCUUUCAUCUGAAGCACAUGGUGCAGUAUCAUCCGUAAUGACGACCAUUUUUUCAAUUCCUAAUUCAUCAUCAACUUCAUCGAUAAUUCCAUUAUUAAAUAUAGCUGAUAACACAACUAAUGAUUCACUAUCGAAUAAAAAACAAAUAUCUCCAAGUACUUUAAUGGCCGAUGUAAAUAAUCGUUUACUCAAGCGUAAAUUACUACAUAACCGACUUUAUAUAAUCACUUAUAUUAUGUGUUUUCUUGGUCUCUUGGGUAUUCUUCUAAUGAUUAUUAAUAAUGAAAUUAUUUUUCUAAAUAUUAACGAUAAAGAUAGAUAUAUUUCUUGGUUUAUUAAAUUAAUAAUAACCAUUACAACUAUAAUUCUUGUUUUACUUGUUUUCUAUUAUCAUCGUUUAGAUUUGGAUCUUUAUGCUGUUAGUAAUUCAUUUAAUCAUUGGCGUAUUGGAUUAACAACUACGAGAAUAUUUCUAAUUCUUUUCGAAGCAUUUAUUUGUAUGAUUCAUCCAAUGCCUUUAUAUUUUCCGUUUAUUUCAAAUUUCAAAUCUAAUAAUUCAACUACAUUCAAUUCGACCUUACCAUCUCAUAUAACCAUAGAUAUUGCACUUGGUUUACCAAUGUUUGCUCGUUUAUAUUUAAUCUGUCGUUUCAUGCUGUUUAAUUCAUACUUGGUACAUAAUGCAUUUUCCCAAUCAAUAGGUUCUCUAAAUCAAGUAUCAGUUAAUUUUUAUUUUCUUCUUAAAACAUAUAUUCAACAAUGGCCAACACGUUGUUUAUCUGUAUUUUGUAUACUACUUUUCAUCAUUAGUAGUUGGUCAUUACGAGCUUGUAAUUAUCAAUCUACAAUACAACAUAUAUCUAUGCUUGAUGCAAUGUGGUUAUUUAUAGUUACAUUUACUACUGUUGGUUAUGGAGAUCUAACACCAGCAACAUAUUGCGAACGAAGUGUAGCUACAAUUAUAGCAAUGAUUGGUGUAUUGUCGACUGCUCUUUUAAUAUCUGUUCUUGCACAAAAACUUGAAUUAAGUCGAUCAGAAAAAUAUGUGCAUAAUUUUGUAUUAAAUAUAAAAUUAGCUAAAGAACGAAAAACUCAUGCAGCUAAUGUUGUUAAAUUUGUCGUAAAACUUUGGUAUUUAAAACGAAAACAUCGACCAAUAUCGAAUGAAUAUAUUAAAGCACAAAGAGAAUUAGUUCGUUCAAUACAUUUUAAUCAACAAUUAAAACAAGAUCAAAAGAAAUUAAUUGAUAGUUGUAUUGGUAUGCCAGAAUUAAUUGUAAUGCAACGUGAUUCAAAUGAUAAAAUACGUGAAAAUACACAAACAUUAUCAAUAAUGAAAGUAAAAGUCGAUAAAAUUGAAGAAAAACUUGGUGAUAUGGAUCAUGCAAUGAUUAACAUACAAAAUACACUUCAUUUAGUAUUGAAUAAAAUAUCAAAAUAA